AUGACCGAUAUCAAGAUAGUACCCCUCGGAGCUGGCCAGGAUGUUGGUCGAUCUUGUAUUCUGGUGACGAUCGGUGGUAAAAACGUGAUGCUUGAUUGCGGUAUGCACAUGGGAUACCAGGAUGAACGCCGGUUCCCAGACUUCUCAUACAUAAGUGGAAGCGGGAAGUUGAAUGACUACCUUAGUUGCGUGAUUAUAUCUCACUUUCAUCUGGAUCACUGCGGUUCUCUGCCACAUAUGAGUGAGAUUGUUGGAUAUGAUGGGCCGAUCUAUAUGACUUAUCCAACGAAGGCUAUUGCACCUGUACUACUUGAAGACUAUCGUAAGGUUCAAACUGAGUUCCGAGGAGAUACGAGCUUCUUUACCUCAGCGAAUAUAAAGGCGUCCAUGAAAAAGGUGAUAGCGAUUGAUCUUCAUGAGACGGUCCAGGUUGAUAAUGAACUGUCUAUACGUGCAUUCUAUGCUGGUCAUGUGUUAGGUGCGGCAAUGUUCGAGAUCCGUGUUGGUCAUCAAAGCAUUUUAUAUACAGGUGACUACAAUAUGACGCCAGAUAGACAUCUGGGGGCAGCUAGAGUACUACCAGGACUUCGCCCAAAUUGUCUUAUUUCUGAAUCAACCUAUGCUACAACAAUCCGUGAUUCGAAAAGAGCACGAGAAAGGGAUUUUUUGAGGAAAGUUCACGAUAGAGUAAUGGCAGGUGGAAAGGUUUUAAUCCCUGUUUUUGCAUUGGGUCGUGCCCAAGAAUUGUGUAUUCUUCUCGAAUCUUACUGGGAAAGAAUGGACCUAAAGGUGCCUAUUUACUUCUCGCAAGGUUUAGCUGAACGAGCAAAUCAGUAUUAUCGGUUGUUUAUUAAUUGGACCAACGAGAAGAUCAAGCGUACUUUCGUUGAGCGAAACAUGUUUGAUUUCAAACACAUUAAACCUCUCGAAAAGGGUUAUGAAGAGAUGCCCGGCGCUAUGGUGUUGUUUUCCACUCCAGGAAUGUUACAUGGAGGCCAAUCGCUCAAGGUAUUUCGGAAAUGGUGUCAUGAUCCCAGGAACAUUAUCAUUAUGCCAGGCUACUGCGUCGCUGGAACUGUUGGUGCUAAGGUAAUCAGCGGAAUGAAGAAAAUCGAAAUCGAAGGUAAAAUGCAUGACAUAAAUCUUGGUGUGGAAUAUAUGUCAUUCAGUGCGCAUGCAGAUGCGAAAGGGAUAAUGCAGUUAAUUAGAGACUGCCAACCACGCAGUGUUAUGUUUGUUCAUGGUGAAGCGGCUAAAAUGGAAUUUCUCAAAGGGAAAGUUGAGAAGGAGUUUCGAGUUCCAGUGCUGAUGCCUGCAAACGGAGAGUGUGUUGUAAUCCCAGGCACUCCUAGUUUGGAAGUAGAUGUUCCUCUCGAUAUUGUACAACGAUCUAUUGAGCUUGAUCCCACGCCUUCAAAGAAAGCCUGCCCAUUUUCGGCAUGCCUCAUAAUGGAUAAACAGAGUGGUCUUGAAGUGAUUUCUUGUGAAGCUGCUGCGAACAAACUACAACUAGGGCUUCAUACCAUCACACUGUCACAGUUGGUGAAGUCUCGGUCAACAGUGGACUGGAGGGCUCUCUCUGAGGCACUUUCAAUCCAUGAUACUAAUUUACAACAAAAGCAGGUGAGAUGGAUUGCCAGCUGUUCUUUGUUUCUACUUUCUGAUAGGAUUUCAAAGAAUUCUUUCGAUGGCAUAGAGCUUUUUCAUGGAGAGAUAUGCGUGUUACCUGUGAAAGGGGAUGAAAACCAGGUUGAACUGAUAUGGGAUGAAUGCAGAGAGGCAUGGCAAUCAACUAUAUUGCAGACAAUCCAAGAGAUCUUCAGCAAGCAAGCUGUAACAUCCAACUAG